UGCAGGUAAAUUUUAUUCUUUUUAUCAAUAUUAUCAGAGUCCUCGCCACCAAACUACGGGAGACAAACGCAGGGAGGUGCGACUCGAGACAACAGUACAGGAAGCUGCUGAAAUCUACCCUCGUCCUUAUGCCUCUGUUUGGAGUUCACUAUAUUGUUUUCAUGGCUAUGCCAUACACAGACGUGUCAGGGAUUCUUUGGCAAGUUCAAAUGCACUAUGAAAUGCUGUUCAACUCUUUCCAGGGAUUUUUUGUUGCCAUCAUAUACUGUUUUUGCAAUGGAGAGGUCCAAGCAGAAAUAAAGAAGUCAUGGAGCAGGUGGACUUUAGCCCUUGACUUCAAAAGGAAAGCACGGAGUGGGAGCACAACCUACAGCUAUGGACCAAUGGUGUCCCACACCAGCAUCACAAAUGUAGCCACCAGAGGAGCGCUCGCCCUCCACCUCAACACCAGACUCAUCCCAGGGACCCUCAACGGGCACCGCAACCUGCCGGGGUACGUGAAGAACGGCUCCAUCUCCGAGAAUUCCAUGCCUUCCUCGGGGCCAGAGCAGUACAACAAGGACGAGGAAUAUCUCAACGGCUCCGGGCUCUACGAUGGGGACAGACCCACGGUGCUGGUGGAGGAGGAGAGGGAGACAGUGAUGUAGAGGAAGGAGGGGAAAACCAACCAAAACAAGCAGAAGGAUG